AUGGGGAAACUGCUGAAAGUCACACUGGUUGGGGUCUUCCUGGCCUUUCUAGGAGAAAGAAUCGUGCGAUUCACCCAUCGUGCCAACCUGUUCAGAGAGAUAGAACCUGUUGAGCUUCCAAACUGUCACCUUUUGGAUGGCAUUGAGUAUGGAUCUGAAGACAUUGAAAUUCUUCCCAAUGGGCUGGCAUUUAUCAGUUCUGGUUUGAAGUACCCCGGUAUGUUCAGCUUUGCACCUAGUAGACCCGGAGAAAUCUUUCUCGUAGAUCUGAAUGAGGAAAACCUUCGCCCGUCCACCCUGCGCAUAAGCCGAGGAUUUGACAUCUCUACCUUCAGCCCUCAUGGACUUAGCAUAUACAUAGAUGAAAACGAUGACACGGUGUACCUGUUCGUGGUGAAUCAUCCUCACAUCUCUAAGUCCACGGUGGAGAUAUUUAAAUUUUCUGAAGAUGAAAAUGUUCUGGUGCACCUGAAGACAAUUAAGCACGCUUCCCUAUACAAUGUGAAUGACAUUGUCGCUGUUGGACCCGAAAGCUUUUAUGCCACUAAUGAUCAUUACUUUACGGAUUUCACCUUGAGAUUUGUGGAAAUGCUCCUCGGGUUAAGAUGGACGAAUGUCGUGUAUUACAGCCCUAGUGAUGUCAGAGAAGUGGCAACAGGGUUUCAUUAUGCCAAUGGGAUUGCAAUGUCGAAUAAUAGAAGGUUCAUAUAUGUUGCUGAUCUCUCUGACAAAACAAUUAACGUGUUAGAGAAACACGCAAACUGGACUCUGUCAUCAGUAAAGGUGCUCCAGCUGGAAGCAUUGGUGGAUAAUCUGUCGGUGGACCCAGUCACUGGUGAUAUUUGGACAGGAGCUCAUCCGAAUGGACUUAAACUGCUUAAAUACAAUGCAGAGAAUCCACCAGGCGCAGAGGUGAUCCGUGUCCAGAACAUUCACUCUGAUAACCCCAUCGUGACCACCAUAUACGCCAACGAUGGCUCAGUGCUUCAGGCAUCGACCUGUGCCAGCGUAUGGGAGAAGAAUCUACUGGUGGGCACAAUAUUCCACAAAGCUCUCCACUGCAAGUUGGAGUAA